AUGAUCCGACGAAUAGUUGACUCCGUAUCGCUGCUGACUGACCCAGAUGAGGAACAAUUGAGCCCAAAUUUACGUAAUGGAACUGAUUCUCCCAAGCCAUCAACGAUGCCAAAUGGCACCAAGAUAACUCUGCGAAAUCGAAGCGCGAGCUCCUCUGGAUCCUCUGACCUUGUGGACGUGAAGUACACCAAUUUGUUUUCCUCAUGUGGCCCCUUGACUACUAUGUCCAAUUCUGGAUCUUGCUACAUUGCACCGAAAGACAUACCGGAACCGUGCACACCUGCCUCGUGUGAUGAAAAUCCGAAGACUUCGCGCUCACCAAGUCCUAUACCGGCUCGUCGACAGUCACCCUCUCCUGGCCGGGUUGAUCCCAGCUGUGUUGCCAGUCGCCAACUUCCGGGAGGUGGUCUUUCAUUACAACAGCGGGUUCAACGCAUACAACCUGCUAGGAAGAAAGAACACUCCAAGGGUAUUGGUCCUGUUUCCAAAUCCUCGAAAUCCAUGAAAUCGAACAAGACUGGAAAGUCCGAAGAAUUUCUGUCUACAUAUGAAGAAGAGCGAGAAGAGAACGGAUUUUCCGGUAUGGCUAGUCAAGCAGACCCGUUGGUGAUGAGUGUUGAAUGCUAUGUGUUACCAUUUAUGCAAGAUCUGAAGGCGAUCGAAUUGCGAAUACCGGCUUUCACCUUCUCCAAAGCCCAACGGCGUAUUCUGAAAAUGUUAGCUAACGAAAAUGAGUUACUUAUCCUAUCCAUGGGCAAACCUGGUGUAUCAGCUGAACAGGAGGAAUCAGCUAUUGUGAUUCGCAAACGGGCUGCGUUACAACAGCGACAGGAAAUCCAGUGGGAAAAAGAACAACGUGAAGCGGCUGAACGUGCACGAAUUCGGGCGGAAGAAGAGGAGCGAAAAAGAAAAGAACGUGAACGAGAAGAACUUAUUCGAACCAAUCAAUUCCAUCAGAGUGCAAAAUGUCAGGCGAAUCUCGAGGAUCCAGAACCGACGAUUGGCCGCAAGAAGGCUCGUCGAUUACGUCGAUUACGUCAUCGACAGACCAAUAAGCGCCCAAUCAAACCAAAACGUGUUGAUAGCGAGAUGCAAACGGUACCGGAAGAUCAUUGGCUCUGUCCUUGGUGUUGGCAACAUAUCCCCCCGGAACAACAAUGUGGCCAUGAAGUUGUUUGUCGAGCAGGUGUCCGGUUAAAACAAAGGGAGCAGGAAUUAAAAGCGCGGUUGAAUCAACGCAACGCGGACGCGGAAGCCAGACGUCGACAACGUCUUGGUCUGCCGCCCCUGAAGACUCCGAAGAAACAACAACAACCCGGACUGAACGGGACGUGUACUGUGCCGGGCAAAACCGAGGCACCGUCUGGUCGAAGUCGUAGUCGUACGCGUAAUCCCUCCAAGUCAGAUAAGACCAAAGGCAAAGCGACCAGUCGACCGCGCUCUCGUUCAGCCAGUAAAACUGACCCUCGAAAUCAAACUAGCGUGGUUGCAAAACUGGAAACAGUUCAUCCAAACGACCUGGAUGGUAUGGCCAAAUUGAUGCAACGCGUUUGCUCUCAGCCGGGAUGUGAUCAAAUCUAUGACGCGGGAGACCCUGCUACGCGCUGCGCUAUCAAAUGUUUGGGUUGUCGUCUUCCUUAUUGCGAUCGACAUCGACCGGCUGGAAUGCACAACGCAUGUCCGGCACCGGAAAAGCCUGUGCCCCCACCGAAACCCGGCUUAGUUUCUGCCGCUUGUGGAUGGGAUAUUGAGGAGAAACGAGCUGCUCUGAAAUCGGCCAUUCGCGAACGACGUUCGGCACUACAAGAACGCAGACAACGAUACUGA